GAUAAUUUUCGGAGAAGGAAAAUCACCUUUAUGGAAAAGGCAGACGAGCUAAGGAGCGAGUUUGGCUGUAAUAUUUACGUUUUGGGACGGAGGAACGGAAAACUCUUUAAUUAUAUAUCUAAAGGAUUAUCUAGAGAUGGACCUUCCUGGCUACUUAGCUUGAUAGAAGUCAGUUAUCCUAGGCCAGAGAGAUAUAUACCGGCUAGCUUCUUAAAACGAGGCACCAAAUCUCUGCUCUGUGAAGGCCGAAAGGGACGAGAUAAUCCUAUAGUGAGAACUGAGGACUUUUAG